AUGGCCCAAAGAUCAAGACCCAAGUUCAAUGCUAAGAAAUACGAGAGACCAGGCCUCACUGAAGAUGAAAUCGAGGAGAUCAAGGAAGCCUUCGACUUGUUCGAUACUGAUGGCUCUGGCUUGAUCGAUCCAAAGGAAUUAAAAGCAGCAAUGCAAAGUUUAGGAUUUGAAGCUAAAAACCAAACAAUUUUCCAAAUGAUAUCAGACCUCGACAAGAACAAGAGUGGCACCAUUGACUUUGAAGAGUUCCUUGAUAUGAUGACUGCUAGAAUGAGUGAUAAAGAUACUAGGGAAGAUAUCUCAAAGGUUUUCAGAUUAUUUGAUGAUGACAAUACAGGCACAAUUACUUUAAGAAAUUUAAGAAGAGUCGCUAGAGAACUUGGUGAGACAAUGACUGAUGAGGAGUUAUAAGAAAUGGUUGACAGAGCUGACUCUAACGGAGAUGGAGCUGUCACUCUCGAUGACUUCUUCAAUAUCAUGACCAAGAAGACUUUCGCAUGA